AGCACCCACAGGCCAAGAUGUCCUGCCAGCAGAGCCAGCAGCAGUGCCAGCCCCCUCCCAAGUGUGCCCCCAAGUGCCCUCCCAAGUGCCAGACUCCAAAGUGUCCCCCCAAGUGUCCUCCCAAGUGUCCUCCCAAGUGCCCCCCUGUGUCUUCCUGCUGUAGCCUGGGCUCUGGAGGCUGCUGUGGCUCCAGCUCUGGGGGCUGCUGUGGCUCCAGUUCUGGGGGCUGCUGCAGCUCUGGGGGUGGUGGCUGCUGCCUGAGCCACCACAGGCCCCGCAGAUCUCUCCGUCGCCAUCGUCACAGUUCUGGAUGCUGCAGCAGUGGUGGCAGCAGUGGCUGCUGUGGCAGCAGUGGAGGCAGCAGUGGCUGCUGUGGCAGCAGUGGAGGCAGCAGUGGCUGCUGUGGCAGCAGUGGAGGCAGCAGCUGUGGCAGUAGCCAACAGUCUGGUGGCUGUUGCUGACCUGCUGAGGAAGACUUCAGACAAGUGUUGCAGGAGGAAGCCAUGCUCAGCAGACUGCCCAUGCAGCUGCGCUCUCUCUUCCUGAAUCCCUCCUUGCCCUGUCCUCAGAGAUGCUGAGGUCUCCUGUGAAAGGGUCUGCAUUCCACUCACCAGAUGACAAUGUCCCCUUGCCUCUUUGUUUCAAAUAAAAAA